AUGGAGCCAGCGGAUGAACCACCGGGCGAGUCUUUUCAUACAAUUCCAAUUUAUCAAUUUGACGCGUCUUCCGAUAGUGAUUCUGACGACCCAGGACGCAUUGUUCCUCCCGUAGGACCUGUACUUGAAACACCGCCUACCCAACCUAUCCAACCUUCUCAACCUACCCAAUCUAUUUUAUCUCAUAGACUACCGGUACAACCUCCGCAACGUUCUUAUACAGCACCACUAGUUCAACAUGAGCGACAGCCCUCAGAAGUAUCAAUGGUCGCGGAAUCGAUACAGACUAGGCCAAGCAUGGACGAUGACGACUUAUUUGAAGACAGCACCAGUGAAGAGGAGCAGUAUCCAGAAGUUACUUCCAGAGGACUAUCAACACAGUCUCCUGGAGCCCCAGUUUUACCAACCAUGUCAGCGAGUCCAACUCCGGCAUACGAAAGUCGAAGUAUAUCUGACGUUCCAGACAUUCCGGGAAGGGUGGAUACUCGAGGCUCUUCAUUAACAAGCAUUCCUCUAAGUUCCGAGAGAAGAUUGCAUCGACCAAGUUUGGAACAAACCCAAUCGCCCCAAGUUACACAACCUCGUGGAAUACAAAAAGAGACGACGGAACCAGCAUCUCCGGGAUAUAGGGAAAAAGAACGCCGUCGUUCAAAGGAUGAGUCACAUAUGUAUCAUCAUCGAGAAUCAUCCGAUCUUUUGCCAUUGACACUUGUUUCUGAUCGUGGAUCGAGUGGUCUUUCAUUUGCAACGAAUUUCGCAUACCUUUCUCCACCAUUUGGCCGAGUAAUAUCGCGUUCACAAAUAAUGGCACGGGUGACUUGGUUCUCUCAAUUAGCUAUAUUUAAUAUUGUUUAUGCAGGUUAUAAGCUAGGUGGAGGAAAUACUAAAGUCAAUGAUGGAAAAAAUUACACGUCCAAUCUUAUCGGAUUGGUCAUUUUUCCCAUUAUAUUCUUCGCGUUAUAUAUCGUCAUUGUGACAAUUUGGACAUAUUUAGAUCUUCGAAGCAAAGGAUUUGACCCAUCAUUCACAGUCUUAUAUUAUUCUCCUUUAAUGUUUUUUUCAAUAUUCUUCGAGGAAAAAAAACGAGUAGAUGCAUCUAAGUUUCAUGAGGUUAACUAUGGUGCUAAAUGGUGGCGAUUUGGAACCACCAGAGUUCGCGAAGGUAUAAUCAUGACUCUUUAUUGUUUAUUUGUAUUUGCUUUCGUCUUGUCAGAUAUAAUUAGUCGUACCAUGAAUCAACCUAAUGCCGAAGUUUCACAAGUAUUUGGUGACUUUGUACCUUUUUUUUUUAUGUUAGUUGUAUAUUUUUUAGGGGUGAUAGUAUUUAUUUGGGUGGUUGUUGAAGCCGUAGUAUCAGGUACAAUGUACGGAAGUGGGGAAGGUCGAAAAAGAUUAGUUGGUGUGUUACCAGGCGCUCUUAAAUCAAGGAGGGGAUAA